ACGUUAUAUACUUUUAUAAAAUAAUAUACAUCUACUGUUAGCUCCGGGUUAUUUACUUCCAGAUAACGUCAGGAGGGAUUAUUGGAAAACACCAGAGAAGGACAAUAUUAAAGCAGCCAGGUAGUAUCUGUGAUUGAUGCAUUAAACCUUUCAGUGCUUUGUCUUGAGAGCUGUGUGAGCUGACAUGCUACAAAAUAUACAUCAAACUCAGCUUGAGCUACAUUACAUUAUAUGUGUAUAUGUAUAGAGAGAUGGAUACACUGUAUUAAGAAUAUAUUUACACAAGUUUGUUUUUUUCGUUUAUAUCUGAGUAUUUAGUUUAUAAAUUUGAAGCAAAUAUUUAUGUGUUUAUAUAUGUUUGCAUCUAUUAAUAAAUUAAAUUUAACAAGAUGGUUGAAUUGGAAAGGAGAAUGUAUUGGGAUUUCUGCCGUUUAGUGGGGAAAAUAACAAAAUUUUCUUUCAAAAUAGAUAAAUUAGAAUAAUUCUCAGUUUUUUUGGACUGUGGUGUAUCCUGGGCAAAUGGCAGUUUUGUUGAUAAUCUUAGAACUCAUGUGGUUCUCUAAAGAUCAUAGACACUACAAAAGGCUGUAGCGGUUAUGAAGCCAGGAGUGCCAAGGAGUGGAUGCUGGUGAAGUUAUAAGAUGGUGGGGCGCCAGAUUCCUAUCCCAUAAUUUUUCUCCUACCUAUAGAGUACAGAGAUACUCAUACAAUACACAGAGCUGAGCUUAAAGGGACACUAUAGACACCCUGACCACUUCAGCUACAGAGAGAACUAUAGUGCUAGGAUCACGACUUUGUCUUCCUUACACUAUAGUAUUGCUUUAAUACAGAGAUGCUCAUACAAUAAAGCAAGCUGGACACAACAAAAAAAUAUCUAUAAAAUACAUAGAGCUGAGUACAAUACAGAGAUAACCAUAGCGCAAACAGAGCUGAGUAAAAACAGAUAUAAUACACAGAUCUGCGCACAAUACAAAGAUACAUUUCCAAUACACAGAGUUGGGUAGACUACAGAGAUACCUACACAACAGGUAGAAUUAAAUACAAUACAGAGAAAUACAUAUUUAGCUAAAAAAAAACUAUUACAGAAUUAAAAAGACACUAAUAGUUUUCCCAUAUUUUUUGGGGCUUACCACCGUCCCAUCCAGAAAAAAUAAUCUUACUGCAAAUUAUCUUUUUCCCCACAUAGAAACUGAUGGGGGGCUGCUCCAUGUGCCCCUCUGAACGAGGAACCACUACCCCUGGCACAUUCUACACUAAGGAGCCAAGCUGUUUCAAAUGGUUUGUUACUUAGCUGGUUCCCCUCACACGUCCAUGGAUCUUCUAGUAAAUUAGAAGUUCCUAUUCUGCUUUGGCAGUAUCAAUUUUGUCAAACUUUGGAUGGAUUUUUUUGGAUUUUCAGCUGACCAUCUCAGCUAGUGAAUUCCAUCCUAAUAUGGACAAAAAAAAUUAGUAUUUGUAAAGCAGAAUGGGAACAGUUUUAGUGAUAUCGCAGGCGACCAAAAAGACCACAGGCACCUUGUGGAUCAAGUGUCAAAAGUUUAGAAAUCGCACACUUUAGUGAAAACAGUGCUUAUAGUUCCCCUUUAAGCAUCAUCAACAUUUGUGUCUUUGUGUGGGUGAUACAAUGUGCUUCAGGCAGUUUUCAAAGUAUAGAAGUUGGGUCUGCAUUGAACAUGUUCAUUUACAAUGCAUGAAAUCAGAAUUUUUAAUGGGACUUUAUCUGGUGUCUUUGAGCUAAAAUAAUGGCACUAUUAUGAACCACAGGGUAAUAUCUAGAGAUUGUCUGGUUAAAGCUGAGGUUAGACUCAGUUCUGAGAAUAUUAUGAGGAACUGAGCAGGGCAGGAGAACGUAUAAUUAUUAUAUAUUGUUACAUUCCAAGUAAUAAACAUUACAUUUCUACGGCAAUACUGAAAAAAAAUUAUAACUUAAAAAAUGAUAUAUCUUUAGACCUUCAAAUAUUAUGACAUAAAAUAUUAAUAGGUAUUCUAUCCCAGCAACUAACCCCAAAAUGAUUUUUCUGAUCCAUCAAAAUUUCUGCUAGUGAUUUAGAUCGACUUCCACAUUUCAUAUACUACAGCCAACACAUCUAGUGAUGCUCCUGGAUUUACCAAAAAUUAAAAACUUCAUUUUGUUUCAUUUAGUUCAGGCCUUUACCAUAGUUUAUGUCUGGAGAGCUGCAUUGACUUGCAAAUGACAGACAAAAUAUCUCUUUUCUGCAACUUUUUGUAGAUCCAUUUACGGAAUGAGUGUUCCGACUAUGACAUUAAAUCCAGGGUGGAGAGGGGAUGACAGAUUUCAACCACCAGAUUUUACAGACCCCCUGCUCCUCUCCACCCAUACACAGUUAAUUAUAUAGAAAAAUAUGUCAACUUAAUUAACUAAAUCAGAAAAAAAAUAGAAUUGCUAAUCUUUACAAUUCAAUAAUUGUAAACAAAAUGAACAGUCUUACAAUUCCCUAUACAGUUAAAAUGCUGCUGACAUUGCCACUAUAACAACACAGUGCUUCCGCUGUUAAGAAGGAGUCGUUAGGGUAAGGUUAGAGUAAAAUUUGUGUCUGUAACUGUUGGAGUAGUUAGAGAUAGGAAUAGGGUGUAUGUAGUGCUGGAAGGAAUUAGAUGGGUUACCCCAGUUACCAUAACCACUACAGCUUGGAGCAUGAGGCUUGGAAUACCAUGACGUAAUCCAUUAAUAUCAGGUGGACUUUAUGUUAGGGGGCACCUGUCUAGAUCAGGGUUGUCAUAUGUCAGUAUCUGAUGUUGAUGGACUACAUCUCUCAAAAGCUUUUGCAUGCAAUAAAUGGGCAAAGAAUUAUGGGAGUUGUUGUCAAACGCAGGACAGCGCAGGCCUAGAGAAUGGACUGUGGACAGUAGCUGUCAUUAUUAUUAUUAUUGCCAUUUAUAUAGUGCCAACAGAUUCCGUAGCGCUUUAUAAUAUUAUGAGAGGGGGGAUUUAACAAUAAAUAGGACAAUUACAAGACAACUUACAGGAACGAUAGGUUGAAGAGGACCUUGCUAAAACGAGUUUACAGUCUAUAGGAGAUGGGGUAUUAAACACAUUAGGGCAUGAUUCCAAAGUCGCCAAAUAACAUGUGUAGAUUUUGAAAGGUGACAACCAAAGCCGGUAAAUUCUCUGACUACAAAGCCUGUUUUCUGUUAAAAUUCCAGUUUGUCAAUCUGCGACUGGGAAAGAGCUAUACUAUGCACUCAAGAGCCUAUUUACUAUUAGAGAGAGAAUACCUGCAGCUACAGGAAGCUCAACUUUACGUGAGUAUCUGGAUAUAUAUAUGACUGUUGUGGUAUACACUGUUUAACUAUUUUCUAUCUCCUUUAAUGUUUCUUCACCUAUUUUCCCUAUCACAUCUCUCCUACAACUGCUGGGCACCCACUCUCCCACCAUACCCUGCUCCCCAUCUACUUUUAUUGCAUGCCAGAGAUCCUUACUAAUUAUCUAUUUAGCUACUUGUGACCUAACAGUUUAUGCAUAUUCUCCAGAAGAGCACACUGCGGGCACCAAGACAUCUUUAAUGUAUUUUAUAGGUUUGAGCCUAAAUAAUUAGCUCUAUUUUUUUUGUAUGUUCAGUAUACUGCAAAGGAUUUCCUAAAAUAUUUGAUUCUUUUUGGUUAGUGUACCUGUGUAAAGCUCACGUUCUGUACCUUCCUUCUAUUCUGUCGUCUCCAAUAACACAGUUAAACAUGUCAGCGGGAAAUACAACGAUUUCUGAUAGUCAUAGAUUAGCUGUCAGCUUUUGUAAAAAAAUGCAAUAAAAAUAAAAAUACACACCCCAGAAACUCCUGCUCUAAGUGUUGGGUGUGCACAGAGAAUUUUCAUUUCUGAUACCACUCUCCCUACACUUUAGAUCCUUUAGAUUGUAAGCUCAUGAGCCAUAUUGCAAAGCAUUUUGUGUAAAAAUGUUGUAAAUGUUUGAUUUUAGCUCACAUGAGUUGUCCUUUUCAGUGUAAUGUCUAAAUUGUACUGUUUCCCUUAAUUGUACAGCGCUGUAGAAUACGUUAGAACUUUAUUAAUACAAAAUAACAAUAACAUAAUAAAAUAACAGUUUAAUCACAUGUUUCUGCAGUAAUUAUAUAGCAUUCCACAUAGCGGUUUGUUCCCAGGAAAAACUAACAUCCGCGUCUCAGGCACUUGAAUCCCCGCAGGACUUUUUUUUUUAUACUAUAUACAAACGAAGCAUAAAUAUACCACAUCUAUCUAUGAUCAGAGUACAUUGCAUGUUGGGAUUAUCCUCUGCUAACACGUUGGAAAACGUACCAAAAUCUCUCAGGUCUAUUAUUAAUUUUUUAUUUUUUUUAUUCUAUAACCGCUGUGCAAUUUAGGGUUUGGUUUGCAAAUGUAGCCUGACCAAAGGAAUUAAAGAAAAACUAAAAUAACAAAACAUAAGAGAAAUUACAAAUGCCACGUAUUGGAGGAUGUGCUUAUUAUGCAAAUAAUUUGGACCUUCAGGGCAAUUCACAAAACUGUGCCAAUUUUAUCUAAAAAAAAAAUGAUUUUGAAAUAUAUCUGAAAUAUAGUAAAUUAAAAAUCAAAUUCCCGUUUAGGCCAAAAUAUAGUCACAAUUUGUCGGUUUUAGCCAUUAAUAUUCCAAUUUGGUUUUGAAGUCACCACAAUUCUGUGUGUGGUGAAUACAAUUCGAGCUGAUUGACAAUUUGGAUAGAUUCAUAUAUUUUGUCUUACAAUUUGCAAUUCCUUGAGGACUUUGUGCCAAUUCAUAUUUUAGUAAAUGACCUCUGCAAUAGUUAAUUAGGAGUAAACUUAAUAGAUAGGGUUAUUAGUUAAAAGGACACUGUAGGCACUGUAACUGCUACAUCUUAUUGAAGUGGUUAUCGUGUUUGGAGUCCCCAGACAUCAACCUUCCACUCAGCAUCAGUAAUGGGACUUACUGUGCCUGUCCCUACUGGGUGAACCCCAAUCUAUAUAUAUAUUCUUCCACAAUAACUGAUCUGCCACUAACUUACACCCACCAAGGGUAUCUAUUUGUGGGUGAUACUCACAUUAUUUUUCUAUUGUGAGUGAAUCCCACAACUGUAUUGGGUGAUCCCAAAAAAAGAUCAUAGUCCAGUGCAACAAUAUUGGGUGACCAUCUCACAGCUUGAUACUCUACUCUGUGGUUGACCUCCUCUAUCGUGAAGGAUGACCCCUUAUUCUAUUUAUACAGUUAUAUAUAUACCUUCAUUUUGUUUAUCUACACAGUGUUAUUACAAUUAUGCAAUUCUACCAUGGCUGACAACCCUGAAGUUGUAGUCUCUGGGGAAUUGAAAUCCUGGAUGGUUGCCAUGAUCUCCGAUUCCAUUCCUAAAGCCUUGGCUUCUUUUCAUAAUACGCAACCUACUUCUAACAUACCUUAAACUGACCCACAGGCCUCAGACUCUCAUGAUUCUCAUCACUCAGGUCAUGAGACUUCAUGCCAGAAAAACCCCUAGGGGUCUAGGUCUAGGCCAGGGAUAGGCAACCUUCGGCACGCCAGAUGUUUUGGACUACAUCCCCCAUAAUGCUCUUACACCCGUAAUGCUGGCAAAGCAUCAUGCGAGGUGUAGUCCAAAACAUCUGUAGUGCCGAAGGUUGCCUAUGCCCAGUCUAGGCACUCGUGCGGGCAAAGGGAUAGUUACUGCAAAACACCCAGGUUAGCCACCACUUUCCACGCUCAGCUAGAAGAUCUGGAUCCACUGGAAGGGUCUACUUGUUAUAACCUACUGGUGAUUGACAAAUACUCUGCUGGUUACUCUGAUGAUGAAAAACUUCCUUCUUUCACAAGAUCUAGGAGCCACCAUUACUCCUUCCAUUAGGGAGACAGUGUUUACCAAAUCAAACAAAUCCACUAAUACACCAGUGAUUCCCUGAAGCAGAAAACCAGCCUAAGGAGUUGCUAGACACUGAAGGUCAUCCUGUACUCCGGGCUGAUUCGACACCCAAAUUCAGCCAGAACACUUACUGAAUUCCUUAAACUGGGGCAAUGUCAACCCCUCGACUAAGAGUUACAUGCUUGAUUGAGGGCUGAAUUUCUCCGGCCUACGUUUCCAGAUAAAGUGGCUAAUACAAUGGAGAUCAACCCAUGUUGGUCCUCUUCCUUUAGCAAAUUGGGUCGUGAACAAGAAAGUGAACCUCGAACAUGGCCUUAAGUCAGCCUCCAAGCUCCCACCCAUGCCCUGCGAGUGGGGGCUAUUUAAUUAAACAAGGGACAUAGGGUCCCCCUCCUGCCCCCACCCCUGAGCGGCGGGUGGGAGCCCUAAAUGACAAUGGGCACACACACCUAUUGUCCUCCCCCGGCCCCUACCCACCCUAAAAAACAAUGGGGAGGAAGACCUAUUGUUGUCCCCCCGGCACCCACCCAUUAGUGGCAGGUGGGGGCCCUAAAUGACAAUAAGGGGGGACCUAUUGUCCCCCCAUCCCCCACUCAAGCGGCAGGUGGGGGUCCUAAAAAACAAUGGUGGGAACCUAUUGUCCUCCUCCCUCUGGCCCCCACCCAUGAGCGGCGGGUGGUGGCCCUAAAUUACAAUAAGGGGGGACCUAUUGUCUCCCCCGGUCCCCACCCAUGAGUGGUGGGAGGGGGCCCUAAAAUACAAUGGGGGGGACACCCGAAAAAAACAAAAAACCCCAACGCUUGAAAAAUAAUCUAUCUUCACCCAGGGAGGGCACAGCCCAUAUUUGACUCAGAGCGCUCUGAUUGGUUGGUUUUAGCCAACCAAUAGGAGUGCUCUGAUAGGUAAGUAGUGUGCCUUACAGGUAACCAAUCAGGUAAGGCUCACUAUUUAGCUAUCAGAGCACUUUUAUUGGUUGGCUUAAACCAAUUAGAGUGCUCUGAGUCAAAUUGCAGGGCGUGGAAUAAGCCUUUCCCUGACUGCGGAGCUCAGUCUGCGCGGUGUCCUCCCUGGGUGAAGAUGAAUUAUCUUUUUUGGCGUGUUUUUUUUUUUCGUUUGUUUGGGGGUUUUUUGCGCUCGGGUCUUCUUUUAUUUUAUAAGUUCGACGGGCUUUAUGGUUUUAAAUUUGGCCUUUUUUGGGGGCCCAAAAAAAGGUUUUAAAAAAAAGAAGACAUCAAAUGGUAAGAUUUCUUUUGUCAUUUAUUGUCAUUUAGAGUUGGAGGGGGACAAUAUGCCUUUCGACAUUCGGUGUUUGUUUGUUCGUCUGAAAUUUCAAUACAUUUAUUUGUCCUUCUGAUGAAUUAAUUAAUAGACGAAAUUCCCGUCUGAAUUUUGGACAACAGCGAAUUCCCAAGUGUUUAACUGGGCAUGUGCGGGAAUUUCAAAGCGCUAUGUAGUGUGGGCAGAUGACGUGUCCCACAUUGACUUCAUCUGCCCACACAAAGAUGGCGGCGCCCAGGACCUAGGUACGACCAUAAAAUAAAGCAUUUGGAGGUGGCUAGGGGUCAGUUAGAUGUUGUGGAGUUGGGAAGGGGGUUAAAAAAAAAAUCAAAUGCGGCCAUGACAGUGCCGCUUUAAGGAACACUUCUGGUCUCAUAAAUAAAUGGUGUUCAAGUAAAACUACCUUUACCAAAAUAUUGCUCUCCAAACUUCCUUAUAACUAGGCGUUUAUUGAUAAUUAUUAAAAAAGAAAGAAAUCCGCCUUGAUUUCCCAGGAAGCUCAGUGAUAGCGGUGCGUUUAACGUGCUCUGAAAGCUGAGAAGUAAUUAUUUUCGGGUUUUUGUUUUGUUUUUCGAAAUGGCGGCAUAGCUAGGUAUUUAAGUGUUAUUAAUGAUUUCGGUUUACAGAUCACUUUACACACAAUGCUAUCACAAAGCAAAUAACUGGCUUAUUUCUUACUUGUGAUAACCGCACUCAGACUACUUCAACUGUGUCCUGUUAGGGAUCACGUUUAAAGGGACCCUGUCAUGCUGAAUGUGGCUGAGAACCAAUUUAAUGUGAUCCUGAUUUCACAUGGAUGUCAUGUUAGCCAGUUGGCUGGCAAGUACAUAGAUAAAGGUUUAAGAUUAAAUGUUUUACCAGUCUAUUUCAAGCCUUGGCAAUGCACUGUGCCAAAUGUCUGUACUCCACUCACUAGGCAGAAAUGCGCCUGUGAAAUGCGCCUGACACAAUUAAAGGGACACUGCAGGAUUUGAAGUACUUAUAGUGUUUGGAGUUUUCUGGUGCUGUCAUUUCAUUCAGUAGUAAAUCAUAUUUAAUGUUUUAAUGUUAAACAAGAGUCCCUGGCAGCUGAUCACCUCUGUGUUGCUUGGACUAAUGAGGAAGCAUUAGCCUAAGCAACAAUGGGUGACUAUGAUUGGCUGAGAUUGUCAACUGAUUUAAUUCAGCCUAUCACAGUGCCCGUUGCUGGUAUGAAUUAUGGCUAAAAGGAAGUGUAUAAUCUCUAUUUUAGCUAUUGUUUAGUGUUAUACUACUCAAAAAAAACACUAAAUGGAUGGACAGUGCCAGAGGACUUCAGGCACUAUAAUCAAUUUAAUAAAAUAAAAUGGUUAUAGUGCCAUUAAAGGGACAAUGUCCCUUUAAUACUUAUUGCUGUCACUUAAAAGAGCAUAAAAAUUAAUAUUCCUAGAUUAAUCUUAAUCUCUAGUUUUAAUUAAAGUAACUUGUUAAUUAUCCGUGGGUUUUUAAUGGGUGGAUGGGUAGCUUUUUUUUUUUUUUUUGCAGUGAACUAAGAUUUAAAUGGCAAAAUUAAAGGGACACUAUAGUCACCAUGACAACUACAGGUUAAUGUAGUUGUUCUGUGAGUAUAAUAAUUCUCUUCAGGCAUCUUCAUGCAAACAUGGCCUUUUCAGAGAAAAGGCAGUGUUUACAUUGCCCCCUUGGGACACCUCCAGUGACCACUAGUGGUGCUUCCUGGGGCAGUGCUGCACAGUGUGCAACACUAACGGUCAGCGUCUCCACGCUCUGCAUGGAGACGCUGAAUUUUCCUCAUAGGGAUGCAUUGAAUUAAUGCAUCUCUAUUAGAAGCUGCUGAUUGGCCUGAUUGGCUAUCCUACCUCCUUGCCAACUCCUGACCCUAUAGUGUUUCUUUAAGGCUAAAAUAGCCAUGCUGUGACUAUAGUUGAAGUGCAGCUUUUUCCCAUAUCAGACAUGUUUGCUUGCAUUUUGCCAGUUGUGUUUUACUUAACAACAAAAUUAAAAAUUAAGAAUGAAACUGUUAGUUCUAUACCCAGAUUAAAGGAACCCUGACAUACAUGGUUUGUGAAAAGAAAGUCAUUUUAAAGUGGUGGUGUCCCUUUAAUAUGAUUAAUAUAUUUUUCCCAUAGUAUAACCAUGAUUAAUACAUUUUAGAGAUAAUUUGCUAAAUGUCAUCAUUUGUGUUUCAGGGCAUCUCUGCGACACCAAGAACUGAUCGUUUGCUUGAAUGGGUAGCUGAAAUCCGAGGUCUCAAAGAUUCCCUCUGGGAAGGUAUUAUCAUCUGUGUUUAAAUUUAGACAGCGGACGGCUUGUUAAAGAUCGUCCAUCAUAGCGGUUUCUGAAAUUCGAUUAAUUUAAAAGUAUAGCAUUAAAUCCUACCUGCUGACCGUCAUGGUUUUAUAUUGAGGCAGUGGACUACUUUAGCUCUUUUAAAAGAACUUAAAAUUCUAUCUAUACAUUGUGCUAGCAGGUUUGAUGGCAAAUGUCUAAAUUAAUAAGUUUUCCUCUAUUCCUCGGCAGACACUCAAUGUAGAGGAAUUGAGAGACAGGGAGAGCAGAAGACACUUCCCACAGGAGGUCCCUCUGCUCUUCAUGAGUUGCACAGCAUGCGCUGUGGUUACCAUGGCAAUUCAAUGUAUUCACUUUCACUUGUUGGGGGUAUAAAUACAUAACUAGCACUCAAGCCUUUUUUAAAGGGUUAGAUAGUUAGGAGUAGUGAUUAAGCUUUAUGGUUGUAGACAGGAGGUAUAUACACUGAUCAGCCACAACAUUAAAUCCACUGACAGGUGAAUAACAUUAUGUCAUUGCAAUGGCACGUGUCAAUAGAUGGGGUAUAUUGGGCAGCAACUGAUAGGUCAAUUCUUUAAUUUCAUGUGUUGGAAGCAGGGGAAAUGGGCAAGUAAAAAGAGAGAAAAAAGAAAGUGACUUUGACAAGGGCCAAUUAGUGAUGGCUAGAUGGCUGUGUCAGGGCAUUUCCAAAACAGCAAGUUUUGUGGAGUGUUCUCGGUUUGCAGUGGUUAGUACCUGCCAAAAAUAGUGCAAGGAAGGACAACCCUGGUCUGAUCACGCAGAAGAGCUACUGUAACUCGGAAAGGGACACUUAAGUCACCAGAACAACUACAGCUUAGUGUAGUUGUUCUGGUGAGUAUAAUCAUUAUAUUCAGGCAUUUUUAUGUAAACACGAUACAUUGCCCCCUAUAGAUACCUCAAGAGGCCACUCCUCAGAUGGCCACUUGAGGUGCUUCCUGGGGCAGUGCUGCACACUGCUUUGUAUGGAGACGCUGAUUUGUUCUCAUAGAGAUACAUUGAUCUAGUGAGGUGCUGAUUGGCCAAGCCAGCGUUUGGCCCGGCCCCAUCCCGCCUCCUUGUGGAUUUCAGCUAAUCAAAUGCUUUCCCUAUGAAAACAUUGGAUUGGUUGAAAUCAUAAAUUUUGAUGAUUUAAACAAGGAGGCGGUUCAGGGGCAGGCCAGCGCCUGCGGACCUGCGCAGGGCUGGAUACAAGGUACUUUUUAUUACUUUUUAGGGAUAUUAAGGAGGGGGGGAGAGGACAAGCCAUCUAAAUUGUUGUUUUAGCACUAUAGGCUCAGGAAUACAUGUUUAUAAUACAUUUAGUGUUCCUUUAACACUGAGCAUGACACAAAGGUGUCAGAACAUACAGUGCCUCACAGUUUCUGCAUAUGGGGCUGUGCAGCUGCAGACUGGUCAGAGGGCCCAUGAUGACCCCUGUUUACCACCAAAACUGCCUUCAAUGGGGACAUGAGCAUUAGAACUGGACCUUGAAGCAAUUUAAGGUUAGGGUUGCCUGGGCUGAUGAAUCUGGAUGGCUGGGUGCAUGUGGGUCAUUUACCUGUGGAAGAGAUGGCAGCAGGACGCACAAUAGGAAGAAGGCAGGCUGGCAGAAGCAGGGAAACCUUAGUUGUGGAUGUUACUUUGACACGUACCACCUACCUAGAUAUUGUUGCAGGCCACGUACACCCUUUCAUUGCAAUGGUAUUUCCUGGUGGCAGUGGCUUCUGUCAGCAGAACAAUGCACCUUUUCACACUGCACAAUUGUUCAGGAAUGGUUUGAGGAACAGGACAAAGAUCUCAAUUUGAUUAAAAAUCUGUGGGAUGUGCCGGAACAACAAAUCAAACCCACGACCUCACCUCGCAACGUGCAGAACUUAAAAGAUCUGCUGUUAAUGUCUUGGUGCCAGAUAUCACAGGACAUAUUCAGAGGUCUUGUGGAGUCCAUGCCUCGAUGCAUUAGAGCUGUUUUGCCAGCACAAGGGAGACCUACGCAAAAUUAGGCAAGUGGUUUUAUGUUAUGGCUGAUCAGUUUAUGUGAAAUGGUGGGAAUUCAAAGUAAAUUCAAAGUAGAUAUUAGAAUUUAGGCCAAAGUACUUCUACUAUGGCUAUUUUACCUAUAAUUCAGAACUUACACUGUAUACCCAACAAUUCACAUGGAAUGACACAACUGGCAGUGCUUCUGCGUAUACCUGGCCAUCUCACACCCUGCUGAGUUUACUAUUAAAUGCACCAUCACAUUUCACAUUAAUGUACACUAUUUUUAGCUUGAGCUCUAGUCAAUUACAUUGAAAAUACAUUAUUUCUUAUUUAAUAUAGGAUGUGUUCUCCAACUCUACAUGACAUAUCCUGAGAAUUACAACGCCCUCCCUCCAAAGAUCACAUUUAAUACCAUCCCGUUUCAUCCAAAUGGUAAGAUGAAGAUAAUAUGGUUUUCCAAAAUAAUUUGUCGAUGUUGGGUAUAAACUAGUUUCAGACACAUUACUCAUAUUAUUAUGAUGCACCUGCAGACUCACUGCUCCGUUCUUUGCAGUUUAGAAGUUAAAUCACUUUCAUUAAUUCGUUCAUGCAGCUCUAGACACACCUCCCCUGGCUAUGACGCACACAGCCUCCACAAAAAAAAAGGUUUUAUUUUCACAGCAUAGUGUAUUUACUUUAGAACGUCUUAUUCCCUAUUAAUUAAACUUUAAACACACAGUAGUCUGCUGUAAGAUCUAACAGGCAAUUACCAGACCAUACGAAAUUCUAAAUUAAAGCAGCUCUGUCACCCCUCUCCAAGGCUUUGAGAUAAAAUCCUUUAUGAAAUAUUCAUGAAGCCUGUAAUGGAAGUUUAUUAAAAUUCCAAAGCAGUCAAAAAAUAUCGUAAGACAGAGUUGAGAUUACUUUGUCUCAUGGUAAAUUCUUAGUUUGAGAAUGCCGUCUGCCGUCACCUUUCACAAGAUAAUAUCUUUGGAGGCUCCCAGUCUCAGGGAUCCUCCGUAGACCGUAUUCUUGCACAUGUGGAAAAUGGAGCGUCAAGAGCUGAAGAUCGAAGAUGUUGGUGACUGGGGGGUGGGAGGGUGGGGGGGUGGGUGGGGUGAGGGACAGCAGUAGGUAAGUAUAACUGCAUCCAAUCUGAAAUCUUUGUAAAAUAUGCAAAGACCCCCGGAAGGUGACAGAGCUUCUAUAAACACACCGUGCAAUAAGGGAAGAUAAAAAUGUUAGACUCUUUUUCAGGAAGUGUGUAGUGAGGCUGUGUAAGUCACAGCCAGAGGAGGUGUGGCUACGACUGCAUAAACAAAGUGGUAGGAUCCUUCAAACCAGCCAGAAGCCUAAAUAGUAUGCUGGAUAUGUUUCAGAUUAUUAUCUGGCCAAAGAAUGAGCUUGAAAAUGACUUUCAUUAUGAUGAACUGGCGUCCUCUGAUGUAUUCUGUGUUUGCUAGCAAAGCUGCCCAAGACUAAAGUACUGCCAAACAAGUGUACUCAGACUUUUGAUUGGAUUGUAGAUUAUAAAAGUUAUAAAAUGCUCUUUUUUCACAUGAGAAUAACCUGCAUUUUAUUACUGAAAUUUCCCUCUAAAUGAAAGAAAAACAUGGAAAAAUUUAUGUUUUCAUUUUGGAAACUCCAGGGAUUUUUUAAUUUUUUUUUUAGCUUUUAAUCAAAUGGACUAAUUCGUUUAUUUAUUUUUCUUCCCUCACCCCUGUUGACACUGGAAGGGUUAAACCUAAAAUUAGUUUCUAGGGCUGGAAAGUGAAAAUCCACAAACCACGUUCAUUUAUUUGAUGUCAUUAGACCCGAAAUACCCUGCAGUGUUGAAAUGUCCAGUCUGUUCAUUUGUUUUAUUGUUACAGACGAUAAUAGGAUACAGAUCUCUCACUGUACUUUCUAUGCAAACACUAAAAUGUGUUAAAACUAUUCUUCAGUUCUAGAUCAUAAAGGGACGUUUGCAAUAAAGAAAGUAUACAUGUAAAAACAAAGUUUGCUUUAAACUAUAUUUCCAUAUUUUUACAAUAAAAAAUGUCUAGUAAGAGCGUCCAAAAAAAAUGAUUUGACUUGUCAUCUUUUCCUAAGUGUGACCUUAUCACAUUCUCUAAAACACCAUUAGCUCAACCCUCCGAGGAAAAUUCACAUCUGUCAAACCUGAUACUUGUUUGGACGGCGCAGUCCAAUUUGUCAAAGACAAAUAUACGUUCCCUAAUAUUUUUUUCCAUGCGCCAUAAGGGACCCUGAGAAAUAUUUGACAAUUUCUGUUCAGCAUUAAAACACAAUCCGUGUUCAGCGCCUUUCAAUGUCAGAAAUGGAUACAGAGCGGACAUUUUUCAGCUGAAGUGUUUUUUUUUCUUUCAUAAAAAGAGAUGAAAUUGGAUUCCGUACACUCUAUGACUGUUUGAGGCCACUUUGUGUCAUUAUCCAGAACCGAUCUGUCACUACUAGGAACGGGACCCUAUAAAGAUUACCAUAGCAAACAGAUCCUGAAAAGUUGUGAAAUAGCUUUUAAUCCAUAUUUUGUACGCCAUGACUAAGGCUAUGACUAUUAACAAGCUCCAUAACUAUUUUUUGGGAGUUAUGCACAAACAUUUUAAAGGGAAAUUAUUAGAGCAUGGACAAGCUCUUUGGUAGAAUCUUGCGUAAGAAAGGGGCGGAUGUGGGCUAUGUUUUUAAGAUAGAAUCUACAGGAUUUGGCAAUAUAUUGGAUGUGAGGCUCAAAAGUGAGGCUAGAAUCAAAUAUGACACCAAGACAGCACGCCUGCAAGGAUGGACUGAUGUGGAUACCACUAACUUGAAGGGAGAGCGAGAGAGGAGGAUCAGUAUUAGGAGGAGGAAAGACAAGGAGUUUUAGAGAGAUUUAGUUUUAGAAAGCGGGAGGACAUCCAGUCAGAGAUGGAGGAAAGGCAAGCAGUGACAUGUUGCAGGUUGGCAGGGGAGAGGUCUGGGAAGGAGAGAUAUAUCUGGGUGUCAUCAGUGUACAGGUGGUAGUGGAAUCCAAAUGAGGUAAUAAGUUUGUCAAGAGAGGCAGUAUAAAGAGAAAAUAGACGGGGACCAAGGACAUGCAACAGCCUCCUGUGUGCGAUUAAAGUUCAAUUAACAGAACAGGAGAUAAAAACAUCUAAAGUAAACAAACUGUGCUGUAUAAAUGAAACGUCUUAUUUUUCAUGGAGGCUGUGAUUUAACUCCUAAAUGGUAGAGAAUUGAGCAAUGAGACUGCAGGGGCUUGAUCUAUACGCCAAAACUGCUUCAUUAAGCUAAGUAUUUUAGUUGCUAAGACUGUCCUUUUAUUAAAAAAAAAAAAAUCCAUCUAAAAACCUUUUAUUUCAUGGACUCCCAUACGAUUUGAAAAUUGUCCGUCCUCUUUGUGUCACAUUUUGAGCCGUGUGCCCUCUCUGUAAUGCAGUGGAUCAGUCAUCUGGAAUUCCUUGUAUUAACUUUCUGGAAAACCUUGAAGAAUGGAACCCUCGUUAUACAAUGAGUACCAUACUACUGACUAUCCAGGUAGGACCAUUGAACUAUUAUCUUAAUAUCUUUUAUUAUUUAACGCAUGGUUAUGAUCAAUGUUGCUGCAUAUAUUUGUGUUUAUGGAUUUAGAGACAUACAUCACCAGGUAAAUGGAUACCCUCAUGGCUUGCAUAGGAAUCAUUACAUUUAUCAGGAUACUUGCUAAUCGCUCCAUAACUACAUUCAGUAGCACUACUUGAUAAGGCUCACUAUCUGUGGUAUCAUUACAUAAAGUGAAUCCAAGCUAUGAGGUGAACAGACCACAAAACUGACAACCAUCAAACAAACCGACAAUAGUGAGGACUCUAACAUGAAAUGCUUUAUGUGGCUCUACAGUAAUUCUCCCUAAAGUGGCUACAGGAGAACAGUCUCUCCUGUGGUGCCAUCGUAGCCUUUCCUCCUAUGGCUCUACAAUAGCCUCCUCAGUAGCUCAAUGGCAACAUUCCGCCAGGGGGUUUAAUGUGACCUUGUGUGUGGUGGCUUAUUCAUCUCCACAGUAGCUUUCCUCUGUGUGGAUGCACAGUACGUCGUACAGAGUAGUAUCAUUAAAAUGGUUCCACGCAGUUUUUUUUCUAGGCUGCUCAGUGGUAACACGUGGAGAUAAUAUUAGGAAAGAUGGUUUCAUUGUUAGGGUUACCAGAUCCACCAUGUUGUCAGGGACACAUAAUUUGGUCAUACCUGUGAAAAGGCAUGAAAAGGGUUGCCCUGCACCAUGUAUAAUGCAUAUUCUUCAUUGCCUAAUUACUUAAACCUAUUCACCUUCUUCUGAUAUCUCGAUACUACAGGACAACCCUUUUCAUGAGCUGCCCAUCUAUAUAUAUAUUUAUUUAUGUUAUCUGUGUCCCUGAAAACAGAUGGAUCUGGUAACUCUAGUAGGGUGACUGAACUCCAUUAAAUGAAUAGGCAAACGUGAGAUCGGAAACUUAGUUGUUCUUUUGUUCAAAAUCAAACAAGCAGCUCUUUUAGUGAUUUUCUAAAGCAGUGGUUCCGGCCUUCAAAUUUUGCUAAGAGUCCAGAUUGUGAUUAUCCUUAUUGGACCAGAACUUAAAAAAUGCCAAAAUCUUGGACUGGUGGUGUGCUUUGAGAACUGGGUUAGGAAGAAUCACUACUGUAAACUGAGUCAUCCAGAAUAUCUCAGAACUCGCCACCUAUACAUGCAGCCAUAAUCUGUAAGUUAAUACUGAUAGCUUGCCUUUUAAUAUGGUAAAACAUCCCAAGAGCCAAUCACAGCGCAUUCUGUCUUGAAAUCUAGGUCAUGCUAUCCAAUCCACAAGCAGAAAAUGCAGUGAACCUCGAAGCUGCCGACAUGUGGAAGAACAGACCAUCCAUGUACCGUCAACUCACUCUAGACUGUGUAAAAAACAGCCGUCAAAUUGAAGGUAUGUACCCCUUAAUGUAACAUCUGUGCUUGACGGUCUAAGCAUUGAUGGCUACAUUGAGGCUAAAAUUUGGUGUUUAGUGGAAAAUCCUUAUUGAAUUCCUGAUAAUCCCCCUCGUAUUGAAUAAGCCUCAAUAUAUUGCAUGGUCUCAAAAAGGGGGAAAACACAGACAUUUGCAACAUGAGACAUAGAAAGACAAUAAAUUAGAGACUGUGAGAAAGAAGUAAGAGAGAUUGGCAGAGGGGGAACCAAGGAGGUGAAAUCAAUGGAAAAAGAACCUGCGGCGAGAAGUGGGAUACAGAAGGGGAUGGAGGAUUUAAUCAAUACAUUCAUGGACUAUGAAUGUUUCACAAGGGACUCUGAUUAUGAUCUAGAAACCCUAACCACAUGCAGACUAAUUAGGGAUAUCACAGCACAAUAGCAUUUUACAGCACACAUAGGUUUAUUUAUUGGGCAGGAAUGAUAAGAGUAUCCAACAUCGGAAAUAGGGAAAUUCAAUCCAAAAAUACAGUGUAAACGGGAAAGUGUGUUCAAUCUGGUGACCAUAUGAUGCCGGAAACUGCCGUAGACUGUGCGUGCAUUUGUUUAAAGGUAAAUAGAAUUGUAAACAUGUCUGAUUGUAAAUUCCCUUUAAUGUGGGUCAAAAACUGAUUAUGGCAGUCACUCACACAGAUCAAGUGUCUCCUUUACUUACUGUUACCCAACUGUGCCGGCAGUAGACAGAGUGUAUCCGUAUGCGCCCUCCACCCACCCCCAUAUGACUUAAUGACAGGUGUCCUGAGUUUUGUAAAUGCUACAGCGCAGGUUUGCUCACUCGAGCAACUCGUAAUGCUCAUUAUGUAGAUAAACUUUCUUUCAGUCUAUUAUCUGAGCUCUGAAUUACUCCAUGUGAAAAUUUGGUGCGUAGACAGGCUCACAAACAUCGGCCUGACAAUUCUGCAUGCAUUGACAGCCACAUCAGGAAAUAAGUAAACCUAUGGCUUCAUGCAUCAGUUCUUUCCUAAAGGCCACCAAACAGGCAUCCUCUGUGAAACUCGAGGAACUCCUAGAGCACAGGCUAGUAAGUAGAAACUUCAGCAGCCCUGUAGCAGCAGCACUGUCUUUGACCUGUACCUGGCCAGCCUGGUCCCCACUGGAACCCAGGGAAGCCACCCACACUGCUAGAUAUACACAGAGCUGCAGAAUAACCCUCCCCACAUACAAAAUACAAACAGCCCACACUCAAACACAACACACAAUCUGCACAAACUCACAACCACUGACAAUCAAUAAAACAUGCACACAACCCCACAUGCAGGCUCUCACAUGCAAUACCCCAAACAGCCCCCGCACACUACCAAACACACAAUGUGACACAUCCAUCCACACACAAUUCCACAAGCAGCUCUCAUACACAGCCCACAUUCAUAUGUAUCAUACACGAUACCACAAACUACUCAUGAACAUAUACAAUAUAAUAGCUCAUAUACUCACAAAUACAACGAUACAAAGCAAUUACAGUACAAAUAACACAAGCAGAAUACGGCAGCAUACACACCUCAAUUAAAAACAAUAGGAUCGACACGCUACGGGACAUCACAAUCCUAUAUCGGCACAGUGCUGCUAAAAGGUUGCCUACCCCUGACCUAUAAUUUGUGUUAACAUGUUUUAUUUUUUUUUACGAGUGAUACUCCAUUUUCAAAAGCUUAGAGGAACUCAGUAGCGUGCCGGUCAGUAAAUCCUUGCUCAUUUCUCAAAAUAAUUUUUGCUCCCUUGUGCCAUUACAGAGAGAACCAGUUCCAAUGCGUAUCAGACUGAUCCCACCCAUAAGGGCAGUCCAGAACCGAAAUGCUAUUUUCUUUCAACUGUAAAUUAACAAUUUAACAAACAAUAUCAAUCCAUUUCUGUCCAGGUACUGGAUUUAUUAGAUUGUGGAUUUAUGCUAUUCAUUUUACUUUUCAGAUCUCCCAAACACAUAUCUAUUAAAUAUAUGUGAUAAAUAAAGGUAAUAUUAAAUAUUUUUGUGUUUCGAUAUUGGAAGCAAUAACAGCGGUAGCUUUUACCCUGCAGAAACACUGUUCAGGGUUAUUUACUAAAAGUGAGAAGUUAAAGUGCAUGCAAAGUGAAUUUAAAAGUUAAGGUCAGAGCAGCCGAACUGCUGAUUUCUAGUCACCCAGAAAACUUCAUCUUAUUGAAAUGGUCUGGGUGCAUUGUCCCCGUUUUCUGAACCCUGCUAUAUAAAACAUUGCAGUUUUGAGAAACUUACAUUGCUCACCUUGCAGAGUUAAUUCCUCCUCUAGUGUCUAUCAUACAGACAGCCACUAGAGGCACUACUGCUGCACAGACUGAGUGACGCUCGGUCACAUGACAUGGAAGCCCCAUUGGAAAGCAAUGAUUCCCUAUGGAAAGGUUUAAAUCACAUGGUGCUUUCUGCACAUGUCCAUUAGGGAUUGUACCCUGAUGGCAGGCCCUCCUCCGUGACAUUGGCGGAGGAGGACAGGUCAGAGAGGGGGAGGAGAGGUCGGCAGAGCCAUAGGAGCCUCAGCGCUGGAAAAAGGUGAUUUUAUUAGACAGGGGUGCCUGUCUAAUGUAGGGACAGCAACACUACAGUGUUAGGAAUGCUGAAUUGUAUUCCUAAUGCCAUAGUGUUCCUUUCAAUUAGAAAUUCACUUUGAAUUCCCCUUUUAGUGAAUAACCUUGUUGUAACUGACCGUUUUGCACACAAGAGGUUAAAAACCGUUUAGGCGAUAUUCCCCUUUCAGAUGCACAGGCAGCUACUGCAAGCACCAAUCUCUCGAACUGGAAACGCACGAACACUGGAAACAGCCGAACAGGAAAAGCAUACACUCCUGGCAAUCAGCAUACAAUCCAAUUCCCCCCAAGAACGAGACGACACUUCGUUUGAGGGUCAAGCAGAACUGAUUUACUGGGGCUACCUGCCCGGCUUUUAUGCAGGUCUUCCACCUGGUGGACACUCGCCUACGGGAUCAGAUGGAAGACUGGGAAACAUAUUGGACAUUGACCAAUCACAGACAUACACCUUUAAACACUCCCACAAUUACAUCACAAUCCCUCCUCUCUAUCCUGGAGAUAAUUGGGAAGUAAUCCAAUUAUCUCCCAGGACAGAGGCAAAACUUAAUUGAGCACAUGUUAGUAAAAAAAGACACAAAAAUACCCAAUGUUGCAAAUAAUGAAUAAAACACAUACAUUCUACAUAUCUCCAGAUAGCUUAGAUCUGAGCGCACAUUAUUACCGAAUGGCGCUCAGAUCACAUACAUACAGUUCAAUCACCAUGGAGCCAAAGUCUUUCCCAUAGUCUUUCAUUACACGAAUAGGCUCCAUGGCAUGGCUAUCUGGGGUGAAGCUGUUCAUACGGUUAAACUACUGAAUGAAUAGGCAUUCGGUUAUACUACCGAAUGCAUAGGUAAGGAGGCUGGCGGCUCAGCGGUGUUCGCGCAAAUAAGUGUCCGUUUCCAGUUCCAUAGUUUGGGCGCUAAACACCUCUGGCCGUUCGGGAGUUAAAAUGGCCACUGCCACGUGUUCGGCAAUCAGCGUUCGUCAAUUAGGUUAAGGAAUUGACGGCACACUCAAGGCGAUCGUUCUCAGCGGUGUUCGCAGCAAAUAAGUGUCCGUUUCCAGUUCCAUGAGUAUAGCCAAUUAUCUCCCAGCUAAACACACUUGUUGCCGAUUCUGAGCGCACAUUAUUACCGAAUGGCGCUCAGAUCACAUACAUACAGUUCAAUCACCAUGGAGCCAAAGUCUUUCCCAUAGUCUUUCAUUACACGAAUAGGCUCCAUGGCAUGGCUAUCUGGGGUGAGGCUGUUCAUACGGUUAAACUACUGAAUGAAUAGGCAUUCGGUUAUACUACCGAAUGCAUAGGUAAGGAGGCUGGCGGCUCAGCGGUGUUCGCGCAAAUAAGUGUCCGUUUCCAGUUCCAUAGUUUGGGCGCUAAACACCUCUGGCCGUUCGGGAGUUAAAAUGGCCACUGCCACGUGUUCGGCAAACGAACAAAGGCCACUCAGCGUUCGUCAAUUAAGCUGCAGUUAACUGCAGCUUCUGGGCGGCCAAUUGACGGCACACUCAAGUUCCCAGGUGGUCGAUCGUUCGGUACUUUGUUUGGUAGAUUGAAUCUACUGAACCCCCCGGCAGAAAGGCACGAAUAAGCCUUUCUGCAGGAAAAAUAAAAGGUUUUAAAUGCCGGGCCAUAGUCUAAAGGGAGCAGGCUAGCAACCAGGCUCCUCCAGUGCACAGUGGCGAGGUUGGUUCCGCCACACUUGUGUUGUGACAUUGAGUUUGGUCAAAUGAAACAGAGACUCUCUUAUAACAAAUAUUGUUAUAUUUUUAUAAAAUAUCAACAUGAAAUAUUACAUGAACUAUAUUACCUAAACAUAUAGUAACUAGUUUAGGAAUUUUAUAAACUUUUUUUUUUAAUUGUUGUAUUCUGUGUCUUUUAUAAUUUUUGUUUCAUUCCUUUAUUCUAUAUUUUGAUUUUCCGUAGUCCUCUGUGUAUCUACCAUAUCCUUUUACAUUUUUUAUAUUUCUUUGUAAUCAAUUACGCACCUGAAGGACUGUCUUGACAUUGCCAAAACUCAAUCUAUUAGGACAUUUUGGCAAAAAUAUGUUGCACUUGCAACGUGGGAUUUUACCUCAUCUCGGUAAUUGACAAUGAAGAAUUGUUUCUCUAUCAAAUGGCAGGAGCAAAAACAAUGGAUGAAUCCUCACCAGCUGCGCAAUUUUGCCUGCAGCUGCAUGUCACCAAAUUUUGACACAAAUGAGGAAAAAUAAAAAAUUAGGAAAAUUCCAGAUAACUUGCAUUCACGUGUUAUUUUACUCCCUGAUUGAUUGGGGCCCUUGGAAUUGUGGAUUCAAUGUGAUGGAAGCCUACCUUCAAGCUUUGCCCAUUGCCAAGGUUAAAUCUUGUGCUCAAAAGUGAUUUAUAAAAGGAUUUCUCAAAAAUUCCACAAAAGAACAAAAAUAAACCUAUGUAUGGCCUUAAGAUUAAAGUUCAAGACACAACUUUUCCUCUAAAUAUAUAUGAUCUGGCAGCUUUCCCAACGCUGGCUACAUCACUUUUAAAUUUAAUUCCCAAAAAAGAUAUUUAAUAUGAGUUUUUCUUAUCUCGCAGCUGGAGAGAAUCUCAGGUAAUGAUAAGUCUCCCUGCCCUGGUACACAAUACUGUUAACCCUUUAAUCUAGCUAAGCACUUUGUAUAAAAGAGCUAAAAUGGCUAGAUAUCAGCUUACAGGCAGGGCUCUCUUACCUCUUGUAUUUGUUUGUGUAUAUUGUACGUUUCUCAACUAAUUGUACAGCGCUGCGGAAUCUGUGUGCGCUUUAUAAAUAGCAAUAAUAAAUAAAUAAAUAAAAUAAAUUACUACGAUAUGAAAAGCAAGUUGAACUAGUUUUUAUUGUUUGGGUCUUUUUCCCAUGCACGUUUAUAUUGCCUGUAAUGCAUUAAAUUCCAUUAGAAUGUUGCGUCUCCAUCCUGUUUAAUGCCGAGACAAUAAUAUGUAGGCACCUGAACUCACAAACCAGGUCUUGAUUGCUGAUCGGCCUUUCCAUCCUCCCUGUUGCCCCCUCUUCCCUCAAAUAAGAAUAAAGUAGGGCUCCCAACUUUAUCACUUUUGUCGGGACAGUCUCUAUUUUAGUGACGCCAGGGAACUGUGCCUGGGCAAUAGGACCAUGCAGAACCAACUCGAUUGAGCCAUGUAAUAAUUCUGUCCCAUGUUGGGACUGCGUAUGGAAGCCCAUUUUUAUAUAUAUCAAAGUCAGUACAACUCAUAUUUUUACUUUUCUGUUACAGAACAAUCCAUCUACUUCCUUUGUCUGAUUUUCUCCUUUAUUCUAACCUAUUGCCAGUCUACCUGAUGAACUUGUUGCCUGCCUGUCUCCUUCCCUACAUUAUUUAACUGUUUUACAGUUUAGGUACUAUAGUCCCGUACCCUGAGAAUAUUCCUGUUUAUAGUAUAUAGUACUUUUUGAUUGUGUGAAUGUACAAUAGACACAACAGAAAACCACCAGAAACAAUCAGUAAGGAAUCAUAAAUCUUCAAUCAUAAUAAAUAUUAGAAUUUUUUUGCAGCCGGUGUAGUCCGUGAUCCACCCAGAGUUACAGCAACACAGGAGCUUCCCCUGCCCGCAACCCAGAGGUAGGUUUAAUGUUGUAUGUAGCGAGGGAGUAGGGGGUUUAGGAAUAUCUUUCAAACUCAAGAUAUUGAGAAUUAUCUUCCCAAUGUGUAUUGAUUAAGCAAUAAGAGGGCCCUGCUGGGCUUCAGUAAGGAUAUUACAUGGGUAGUUGUGGCUUUUUCUGUUUAAAGUUGUGAUCACAAUAUCCAGUAGGUCUUUAAUUUACAAAAUAAUUAAUUUCAAGUAAACAUCCAAUUAUUAAAAAAAUACUUUUAAAUCUUUUUCAAGUAAUCCUAAAUUCCUGAUGCCUAACCAUAAAUGUAAAUCAGGAACAUCUGUAAUUCAAAAGCUAUUAAUCCACUUGGAUGAAGAGAGUUGUUAAAAAUGGCAACAACCAAAAGGGGGAGCCAAAAGCAUGGAUCCGCAGUGGACUGAGUCGUAUGUAUUAAAUCUUUCAUGAUCCUUAACUGCGCCAAAUGACUGGUGUCAGCCGAUUGCGCCAAAACAGCUCAGUAGAAAAAACAGGGUCCACGAGAAUGCUAGGAAUGGACAAUAGCUCAAGUAGCCUGCACUUCGGUGUGUCACGCUCAGAUCUCAAGCUGGUUUUAGCUCAUCUUGUGUCAUUACUAAAAUAACCAGGUCCAUUUGCAUAUCAGACUGAUCCCACCCAAAAGAACAGUCCAGAUCCAAACGCAGGCCAGCUCUCUCUGCAUGAGAGAUACAGCAACCGCAGACAAUCGUUUCAGCCUUGUUAGGCCUCGUCAGUGAGGUAUAGCCGAUACCCGGCUAGGCACCAUGAGCAAGUGGUCCACGUCUGGCAUACCCUUUAAAUAUGGCGGUCCAGAACCAAAAUGCAGCUACUUGAGCUGUUGUCCAUUCUCUUGUAUCCUGUCUUAAAGCAGCUCAGCAAGGAUAGCACGUCUGUGUGAUGUCACUAUUAACAUUGAUCCAAUGAAACAGCAAAGCAUCAUAACACAGAAAUCACUUAACCACCAGCAUUAUUACAUACAAAUUGUAACGGAUCCCCUAUACUCCGCCUGACUAUAUCCGCUGUAGUUCUCACAAAUGAAGCAGUGAUCAAAGCCUAGACUUGAUGAAGGGUACAAGAAGAGUGGUUUUAUUAUGGUGACUUUUAUACACAGACCCACAGCAGGGGGUCUCCAUACAAUACAAUGCAAGCCCCUCCCAAAGAUCUCUGGGCCUGGGAGAUAAUUGCGUUAAAGACCAGUAAGCUAAUUAUCUCCCAGGAACAAAGAGGCAAACAUAAAAAUAUAAAAAAUAAAAAUGCCCCAAAACAUCAUAAAAAUAUAUAAUAACCCAACAAAAAUUACAUCCUCAAAUAACCCUGAUCUGAGCGCCCAAGUUCUCCAAAUAGCGCUCAGAUCCAUGCAGUGUAGGGGAAAAGCCACCGUGUCAAAGUUCUGACCGGUCGCACACGUGGUCCUAUGCCCAAAACAGUUCCAGGGCGUUUGGUGCUUUGGCCGGUCAACUUUUGGGAGCUCCUGUGGCCGCAAUAUGGGGUGCUCCAUUUGGGUCUCGGGUAGCGUUUGUUCCCCUUAGUCUCAGACACCUUCUCUCCAAAAAGCGCUCUCCUGGUGGAUUUUUCAAAGUCAUUCAAAACCGAGGAGCAAAUUGUCUGGGAGCCGCACAGUCAGCUAAUGCCGAAAACCGUUCCAUAACAGUUGAGGCUAAGUCCUGCUGAGGUGGCCGGGAACCCACGAAGUCCUCAUGCCGAAUUUAGUUCCAUAACGAUCCUGGCUAAGUACCACUGAGGACAAUUUGUGGGUUUCUUCAUGCGAACGCCCACCAGGGAGCUAGUGUUCGGUUCCAUUCAAAUUAAGGGAAAGUGCCGAACCAGGGGCUAAUGGCGGCUGGGGAGAUUUAACUCCCGAACUGGGUCUUUGUAUGUGGCCCAUAGUCCUUGGGCAGGAGGCUAGCUAGCAGGCUCCUCCAGGAGUUUGUGACCUUACAUUUGAAAUUCACUUUGAAUUCUCACUUUAGUGAAUAAUCCUGAUAGAGUUAAACAUUGUGCAUAAUCUUAUGUGCAUCACGCAGUUACUGAACCAUAGACUGUCCUGAAAGCAAGUCAUUAUUAAACAAGUUAAUAGUAAAAUAUACUGUGGAAUUCUGUUUGUAUAUAGAUUAAUCCAAAUAAAAGAUAAGACAUUCUAAUCACUUCUAAGAAAAUCUAAAUCUAAGAAAAGGCAGUUUAUUCACUUAAUAGUGAGUUGCAGACAACAAUUUAGUAGGAUUUAGAUCCAUAGUAGGAGAAAUUUCCAAUUUGGCAGAAUUUUGGACAAAACGAGAAUUAGCUCAACACCGCUCCCAGUUUAGUGAAUUAUUUCUGAAUGAUCUAUUAAGUGUCAUUGUUUUGUUCCACUGUCUCUGGAUGAGUUACAUUGAAACUCUGAUGAUUUCCUGUAUUUGUGUUUUGAAGCUCAAUCCAGUAGCAAUCAUGGCUCUUCUCUGAAUAUACAAAGAUUUCUACCGGAUAAAUAAACAGGAAUUCAGACUCAGUACAUUCUGGCACAAAAUGAAAAAAAUGUGUGUGAUGCUUCCCCCUGGUGGUAAAUCUAGUCACGUGCAGGUUUGCUGUUACCUAGCAGUCUCAUAUUGUGUUAAUUGUGGGGAAUUCAAUCUUCAAGUCAAUUCUGUUUCCAGUUUGACUGUUUAAACCUAACAUUUUAAAUUCACUUUGAAUUCCCAGCAAUUCUCAUUUUGUGAAAAACACUAAAUAAAAUGUAAACUCAGAGUAGAUGAACAGCUAUCAAUGUUUUAUUCUACUCUGGACGUACAUCUCCCAUGAUGCUUUGCCUAACAGAUAGUUUUGCAUAUUUUGUGGCACUACAUUUAUAAAUCUCUGACUGUCCAUUUGUCAGUGAAUUUCUUAAGCACACAUUUCCUACUCUUUCCUGUUGUGCAGAGAGCCGAGCUGCACACACAUAUGGUCAGCAAGGUAGGAAAUCACUGCACGAUGUGCUGGUCACUAUAAUCUUUAUGGGGUGAGAAAAACCCUUGGAUGGACCACAAUUAGAGGCUUCUGAUUGGUGGAGCCUCUUCCUGCUCUGGGAGGGUCUGCCAGAUGCAGUUCAUUCUUGCGCAUGUGCAAGCGCAAAUUUAGCAACUUUAAAAGGGCUAAUUAUUUUCUGUUAUUAUUUUUUUUUUAUUACUGCAAACUGCAUGGUUAUUAGUGCAAUACUUGGUGCUCUUUUAAAAUCUUGUUCCGUAGCGCUGUACAAUGAGAUGCAUUCUUGUGCUGACAGUUUGUGCAUGCCACUAAUAAAUUAAGGAAAGUUGUCUCGGUCCACCCUGGUGAUAGCUAAGCACAGACUGCGCAUGUUCAGUCCACGUCUCUGCUUAUAGCAAAAUACAGCCCUGGGCAUUAUACAUCGAAUAGAGCUGUCUGUAAACCGAUGGCACGACUAGAAGGUUUGUAAUGCGGUUCCAGUGAUCCUAUCUGGUGAAUGUAACUGCAGGCAGAGUAUAAACUAUGUAUCCUAAAAAAUCAGCUGGACAGAAGUUUGUAGGGUAAGAUCAAUCCCAAUAGACCAGAAUGAAAUGAUCCUAAUUAGCUUUUUUUAACUAGUGUGGGAGGAGUCUGGAUCUUUCAAGGUUCACUCAGUUUAUUAUGGAUCUAAAACAAAAAAGUAUUUUCAUAAUGUAAAACAUAAGGCAGAGGCGAUGGCGGACAUCACUGUCAAACUGACUGGUUACACUACAUUGGAGUUUAGAACAGAUUUUAGCAAAUCAUAUAUAUAUAUAUAUAUAUAUAUAUAUAUAAAACAAACUUAAUUACCGUAUCCACUCACACAUCAUAAGAUGGUGAAGAAUACCAAAAUGUCAGGAGCUCACUGCUCCAACAGAUCCCAGAUAUUAGCAAUUUGUUUUCGUGGUCUGAGAGUCAGACUCGACUGAAACGAUCAUCUCUCCAUCUUCCAAUUCGGACACUGUAAAAACCUUUGAUAAAAUUCCAAAACAAAGAGGUUUAAAUCAUAUUUGGAGGAGGGUGAAGACUCCUCUGCCACUAAGGGUGAUAUCAAAUCUCUCCUAUAAAAAAAAUCUAAAAUUGACUCCAAGCAGAUGGUAUUGUGAUGGAGGGACUACCUGCUUUAAAAGGCAGAAUAAUGGUGAUGGCGGAUGAUGGACCAGGGACUUGCAUUCCUGUCUCUUACUUGGAAUCAGCAGCACAACAACUGCGACACGCUCAGAGACAUAAGACUGACUGGCAGCUAUGAAAGAGAGAAGGAGGCUCUCAUAAUGGCCUGGAUCCAGUGAAUUUCUGACAACUACUCCCGCUAAAGGUGGUGAUGGUGGACUGUGUCUUCAGAGUUCCCAAGGAACCUUUAUCCAGAGGCAUCGUUGUCAUUGUUUUUCCUAAGAGAUUCCACACACUCGGCUCUAAUGCAAACUGUGAACCGUACUACGUCACAUACAUUUUAGAUCUGCACUCUGACAUUCUACGAGAGAACGCACAGUGGCAAAAUUAAGUUUUAAUGGUGCGAGGAGGUCUUGGGUGCUAGCUUACCUUCCAGGGGUUUAACCGUCAAUGAACCGUUAAUGAACAGUUUAACCCCAAAGUCUUCAGUCCGAACCAGGUUAGGUCUGCCCCUCUGAAUCUGAGUCUUCAGUCAGACUGGGCACCAUACAGUAUCUUUCGCACUCCGUUUUGUGAAUAGGGAGCUACUGAUAAGUGUCCGAUAAACUCUCAGCCUAUCAGCGCUUAUUGCAUUUAAGUUGUUAUGGUGCCCGGAGUGUUCCUUUAAGCCCACAGCACAGGGCAAGCAUUGGAAUGUACAGCUCCUUUGAUUUAAAUGGGACCUAAGAGUGUGUAUACACAUUAUGGCUUUGUCCAUAAAAUUAUGAACUAACUCUCUCACCUUGGUUAUGCUGUGUAGCGUUUCUGGUUUUAUCAGGGAUUAUUUCUUAAAAUAUUAGUUCUGAUGGGCUGUAUUAGCGGUUAGUCUAUAAACCAGUAACCGAGCUCAGAUUUACCUCUAAUUUACCUCUGUCAAGUUAAAUGAAACUUAUGUGAACAUGCAGUCUCUUUAUUCAGUUCUACUUCAUGUCUCUAUGUAUACGGCAUAAACAGCACUAAAUAAAAUAAAAACAGCACUAAAUAAAACAAUUAAAAAACAUCAAAAGCUAAAGACAGAUUAAAAAAUGUCUUCUGUAUAAUGUUCUUUUAUGGAAUGUAAUGUAUUAGUAUUUAAUGCACCACGGAUCUGAUUAAUUAAGAUUUGUAUUUAUUUCCUGCCACUUCAAGGGAUAUUUAUUCAAGAGAAUAUGACAAAAAGAUGAUGAAAACCGUACUUGCUCAAGCCAUUAACCACAAGAUUUUCUCAAAGUCUCUCAGUCAUAAAAAAAAACAAAAAACACCAAGAGCAAAGGAUUGAAUUGGUUUUCUUUCCGUCUUUUUCUCUUUCCGAGGGAUUACUGAAUACAGUGGCAAUAAGCGUUCGGAGUGCUUCGCAAGUUAUCACCAAAAUCUCACAUAUGAAGAGAACACAAAUCAAAAAUUGGAUGCACAUGGGAAAAUGAUUGACAGACAUGCAAAGAUUUUACAGGUUAAAUACAUGGUUAUUUUAUAGAACACAGAAAAUCUUCACAGCUCCCAACAACGGGAGGUAUUAAAUCUGGACUGUUACGAGAAGCGGGGGGCUGUAUUUUGUACACACAGGGCCGGACUGGGAAAAAGAAUUCGGCCUGGGCAUUUUUCAAUCACAGCGGCCUCCUAACGACAAGCACGCCCCCUCUCAAAGUGCAGGCCAGGGCAGACCAUUCGCAGAGCUCUGCUGAAGAGCUCUGGCAUUAGAAAAAGGCUGUGUAUUUGUUCUGCGCAGCGCAAGCAAAUUUAAUAACAUGCUUGCACUGUGUUUGCUUUUAACUUGUCUCUGGUGUCUACAUAAGUGGUAUACCAGAGGACAAAAUGGCCUGGAAAGUGUAUGGUGCAUGUGUUUGGAGCCUGCUUGUGGGAUUGCGUGUGUGUAGAGUGAGCUGAUUGUGGUGUGGUAUUGUGUAAAUAAGUUAAUUUCAUUUGUGUUUGUGGUGUAAUAUGUGUGUCUAGGGGCUGUAGAGAAUGUGUGUAUAGGGGGCAUAGUGUAUAUAGAGGAUGCAGCGAGUGUGUGCAUACGGGCUCUAAUGUGUGUGUGUAUAUAGGUGACGUAGUGUGUGUAGGGAUUGUAGAGAGUGUGUGUUUAGAGAAUGUUGUAUUUGUUUGCUUACAAGGAAUGUAGUGUGUGCAUAGGGGGAUCCAGAGUUUGUAUGUCAGGAAUGUAGUGUAUGUAGGUGGUGCAGUGUGUGUGUGUGUGUGUGUGUAGGGGAUCUAUUGUGUGAAGGGCCCAGAGUGUGUACAGGAGAUCUAGUGUGUGUGUGUGUGUGUGUGUGUGUGUAUAUAGAGGAUUCAGAGUGUAUAUAGGGAUCUAGUGUGUGUAUGUGUGUGGAUUAGAUGAUCCAGAGUUGGAUAAGGGAUCUAGUGUGUAUCUGGAAUGUAAUGUGGUGCAGUGUGUGUUUGUGAGGGGUGCUAUAGUGUGUAAAUAUAUAUAUGUUUGGAAGUAUUGUAUGUGUGAGGGGCUCAGUGUGUUGGAUGUGCUGUGUGUAUGUGUGAAGGGUGCAGCGUGUGUGUGUGUGUGUGUAAGAGAGGUGCAGUGUGUGUGUAAGAGGGGUGCUGUGUGUGUGAGUGUAAAGGGGGCUUUGUGUGUGUGUGGGUGUGAGGGUGCUGUGAGUGUGGUGUGAGGGUUACAUAGUUACAUAGCUGAAAAGAGAUUUGCGUCAAUCAAGUUCAGCCUUUGUCACAUUUGUUUUUUGCUGUUGAUCCAAAAGAAGGCAAAAAACCCAGUUUGAAGCACUUCCAAUUUUGCAACAAGCUAGGAAAUGGCAGUCAGAUUUAUCCUUGGAUCGAGCAGCUAUUAUCCUACAUUGAAAAUGAAAUACUUGAAUAUUCUGUUAUUGCAAGUAUGCAUCUAGUAGAUGUUUGAACAUCUGUAUGGACUCUGCUAAAACCACUUCUUCAGGCAGAGAAUUCCACAUCAUUAUUGUUCGUACAGUAAAAAAACCUUUCCUUUGCCUUAGACGAAAUCUUCUUUCGAGUCUAAACGCAUGACCUCGUGUCGUAUGUAAAGUCCGGUUUGUGAAUAGAUUUCCACACAAUGGUUUGUAUUGGCCCCGAAUAUAUUUGUAUAAUGUUAUCAUAUCCCCUCUCAGGCGACGUUUUUCUACACUAAAUAGGUUUAAAUUUGUUAACCUUUCUUCAUAGCUGAUUUGUUCCAUUCCUUUUAUUAAUUUUGUAGCCCGCCUCUGCACUUUUUCUAGUGCCAUAAUAUCCUGCUUUAGAACAGGUGCCCAAAAUUGCACAGCAUAUUCAACGGCUACUAGAUGCAUACUUGCAAGAACAGAAUAUUCAAGGAUAUAAUCUUUCAAUGUAGGGUAAUAACUGCUUGAUCCAAGGAUAAAUCUGACUGCCAUUCUGGGGUCAAGAAGGAAUUUUUUUCCUAGCUUGUUGCAAAAUUGUGCUUCAAACUGGGUUUUUUUGCCUUCUUUUGGAUCAACAGCAAAAAACAAAUGUGAGGUAGGCUGAACUUGAUGGACGCAAGUCUCUUUUCAGCUAUGUAACUAUGUAACUAUGUAAUAUGUGGACUUACCAGUGAUUUAUAAAGAGGCAAAAUGAUAUUCUCAUCCCGAGAAUGAAUGCCCUUUUUCAUGCAUGACAAUACCUUACUGGCCUUAGCCACUGCUGAUUGACAUUGCACAUUGUUGCAUAGUUUGUUCCCAAGUCGUGUUGUUAUCCUUAAUUUGCUUCCAUUAAGGGUAAACGUUGCUUGUGCAUUCUUUACGCCGAAGUGCAUAACUUUGCAUUAUUCAACAAAAAAUUUAAUUUGCCAUUUGAGUGCCCAGUCCCCCAGUCUAUCUAAAUCCCUCUGCAGCAAGGUAAUAUCUUGCUCACAUUGUAUCACUUUACAGAGUUUUGUGUCAUCUACAAACACUGAAACAUGACUUUCAAUACUUUUUUCAAGAUCAUUUAUAAACAUGUUAAAUAGAAGGGGUCCCAGAACAGACCCCUGAGGGACACCAUUUGCCACAUCUGUGCAGCUUGAAAAUUUACCAUUAAUGACAACUCUUUGUACUCUAUUUUUAAGCCAAUGUUCUACCCAAGAACAAGCAUUUUCAUCUAGACCGAUUUCCUUGAGUUUGAACACUAAUCUAUUGUGUGGAACUGUGUCAAAUGCCUUGGCAAAAUCCAAAUAGAUCACAUCCACUGCAACACCCUGAUCUAUACUUCUACUUACUUCUUUGUAGAAUGUAACCAAGUUAGUUUGACAUGACCUGUGCUUCAUAAAACCAUGCUGAUUUUUGCUGAUAACCAUGUUCUUAUCAAGUAAUUUUUGAAUAUAAUCCCUUAAUAAACUUUCAAAUACUUUUCCAGCCACAGAAGUUAAACUCACAGGUCUAUAAUUUCCAGUCAAGGAUUUUGUGCUCUGAGGGUGCUGUGUGUGUGUGUGUGUGGGUGUGAGCGUACUGUGAGUGUGAGUGAGGGUGCAGUGUGUGUGUGUGUAGGGGAUCUAGUGGUAUAUAUAUAUGUAAUAUUUUUAAAAUUGCCUUUAUAUGUGGGUUUAUUCUCUAAGCUGAGAAUUGUAGAUUUCAAAUUUUACGCCAAAAUAGCGGAGUCUCAGUAUUUUUCCAGCUUGGCUAGUUUGAUCUAAAAUAUGUGAUUGACUUGUGGAUUCUUCACAGUUUCAAUGAGUAAACCAGAAACAUCUUUCAUAGAAAAUAGCACAGUGCAACAUAUUCCUGUAUGUACUGGUUAUGGUGCCAGGAGUGCUCUGACGCCGUCAGUGUAAUAUUGCUCUUUUCUAAAACAAAAAACAAACAUGAACGCCUGGGGACGUUUGCCGUGGACUGGCACAGAUAUUGCUCUUUUCUAGGAUAUGCUGGCAAAUACAGAGCACUUUGUCAAGCACAGAAACCACUGUGCAAUAUCAGGUUAUUAUUUUCGGGUGUUCUGCGAUGCACUUUACUUAUUUCUUUUAAUAUUAUCCAGUUUCCCAAUUAUCUGGGAAAUAAUAAUAAUAAUAAUAAUAAUAAGUAUAACCUAAGAGAUAUCUCAAAGUUUGGUCUACUGGUGGCACUUCUGUCUGGUGGUCAAAAAAUUUAACAUCUAUUUUAAAUGCAUCCAGUCUUAAUUGUGAAGUAGAGACACAGUUGUGUUUUUUUAAAUUAGAGUGAAUUGAAAACCUAAUUCAGUGCAGGAAAGAUAAUAGAAGUCCCUGCUUAGUAACGUCCAACUCUCUGCUUUCAGCCAAUGAGCUAGCCCUGAACGGCUAACAGAAGUUCCUUAUGUCUCUCCGCUGUUAAUUGUGGAGGAGACAGACAGACCCCAGAUAUGAAGUUAAAACUGUGCUUGACUACCUACAAUUGGGAAUGGCAGAGCACUCCUGGCACCAUAACCACUACAAUAAGCUGUAGUGGUUAUGGUGCUUGAAGAAGUACUUUCUGGUCGCCCUGGCUUGGUGUGGUUUUUUUUAGGGCUACUCCAAACAUCUUAAUAAUUACAGUGCGCUUUAGUGGUUAUGAUGCCAGGAGUACCCUAGCUCAGUUCCCUGGUAAUAAGGGAAACUGUUUAGUAAUGGUUUGCCCCCUUACCUGGUUCCCCACUGGGCUCUGAUGCUCCCUGGUGGUCCGGUGACCCGCUUUCAGCUACUGCAGUGCCAUAAAAUAAAGAAAACAUGGCCAUCGCUAUUCACUGGCUGAUAGGGUCAGUUGACCACUCUCACCCAAUGACUGAUACUGAAACGAAAGUUGUCCAGAAUUCACAUUGGCAAGCCUGGAAAUCUAACUCUGGACUGGCUAAUGACACCCCUAUGAUGCUACCGGGCGUGAGGUUAAACUGAAAGUAAAAUGCUGCACAUACAGACUUCUGGCACCAAGACCACUUCAUAUCGCUGAAGUGGUCAUGGUGCUUAGCAUAACCAUUUAAAGUGCCAAAGCUGGUAAAGCAUCAUGGAUUAAAAGCCAAGUGAGCUUACACUUUAAUAGCCAUUAGAGUGAUUCCAAAAAAAACUCUAGCUUUUUAAAUGUGCACAGGGAUUUAGGAUAGUGCGCAAGUAACUUUUUGUGUUUUUAUUCUAUGUAUUGAGGCUGAUAAGUACUAUCGUCAUUGCUGCCGCCCAGGAGUAGUGGGAGUUUGAGUGCAUGGCUUAAUUUUUUAUUUUUGUCAAGCAUCAUGGGAGUUGCAGUCCUUCCAAAGUUGAAGAACUACUUUCUGGUUGCCCUUGCUUUAGGUUAACACAGCGGAUCCCUAAAUAUGGCAUCUUGUUAAGCUGACUGCCACUUAACUUUCAUCAUCAUUACUAGUUACCUCAUACUGGGUGCUACAAACGCAAGCAAUCUGCUUUUUGUCUUUGAUGAUUUUUUGACAGGAAGAUAAAGUCGGUGUCGUUUGAAGAUUAUCACAGAAACUGGACUGAGAUUGCCACAUCGAAAGCGCCCGAAAAUGUAAAGCAUGCAAGUAAGCGGAAAUAUUUUGAUUGA